AAAAGAAACCCAAGUGAAUUCUCCAAACUCCUACUCAUCAUCACCAUCUCCCAUGGGAAUCUCAUUGGGUGUUUUCUUCACUCUCUUCCAAAUUCAAAUCCUAUUUUCAGCUGUUUGUGUGUCAUGUAAUCACAUAUCAUCAUACAAAGAGAGCAGUCAGAAUCUUUCUCCAUUUCCAAAACACUUCCUUUUUGGAACUGCCUCUUCUUCUUAUCAGGUUGAAGGAGCUGUUUUGGAUGACGGAAAAGGGCUCAAUAACUGGGAUAUUUUCUCCCAUAGUCCUGGUAAGAUCUUGGAUGGAAGCAACGGUGAUAUUGCAGAUGAUCAGUACCAUCGAUAUCUGGAAGAUAUUGAAUUGAUGAAUUCUCUUGGGGUCAACGGCUAUCGCUUUUCCAUUUCAUGGGCCAGAAUCUUACCAAAAGGGAGAUUUGGAAGCAUAAAUUCAGCUGGUAUUAACUACUACAACACUCUCAUUGAUUCACUCCUACUCAAAGGUAUCGAGCCCUUUGUUACCUUGAGUCAUUAUGACAUACCUCAACAACUUGAAGAUACAUAUGGUUCUUGGUUGAAUUCACAGAUACAGGAUGAUUUCGGGUACUUCGCAGACUUGUGUUUUGAAACAUUCGGUGAUCGAGUGAAGUACUGGGCCACCUUCAAUGAGCCCAACAUUGUGGUCAUGCACGGCUACCGAUCAGGGAUAUAUCCGCCGUCCCAUUGCUCAGAUUCAUUUGGGAAUUGCACGGUUGGAGACUCGACAAAGGAACCGUUCAUCGCAGCCCAUAACAUCAUUCUCUCUCAUGCGGUCGCCGUCGAUAUUUACAGGACAAAAUACCAGAAAGAACAAGGAGGCAGCAUUGGGAUUGUGAUGAAUGCAAUAUGGUUUGAACCCAUCAGCAACAAGUCGGCAGACAUAGCAGCCACCCAAAGGGCUCAAUCUUUCCUAAUGAACUGGUUCUUGGAUCCAAUUAUAUUUGGAAGAUACCCGGAUGAGAUGCAGGAGAUCUUGGGCUCCAAUUUACCUACAUUUUCACAGAAUGACAUGAAAAAAUUGCGGAAGGGGUUAGAUUUCAUUGGAAUCAACCACUACACAAGUCUCUAUGCUAAAGACUGCAUUUUCUCUCCAUGUAAAUCCGGAAUGGGAAAUUCCUGGUCAGAGGGUUAUGCAUCCCAGACUGGACAAAAGGAUGGUGUAAACAUCGGUGAACCUACUACAAUGGAGUGGUACUACGUCUACCCACAAGGAAUGGAGAAGAUACUCAUGUAUCUGAAGGAGAGAUACAAUAAUACACCCAUGUUUGUCGCUGAAAAUGGCUAUCCUGAAGAUAACAAUCCUGAUGCCCCAAUUGAAUCUUUCCUCCAUGAUGUGAAAAGAAUCGAGUACAUGAGUAGCUAUUUGGACGCCCUUGCCACAGCAAUCAGGAAAGGAGCAGAUGUGAGGGGUUAUUUCACAUGGUCCCUGCUUGACAACUUCGAGUGGAUAUUUGGAUAUUCAAAGAGGUUUGGGCUUUACCACGUUGAUUUCACAACACUGAAGAGAACUCCAAAGCUAUCAGCAACUUGGUACAAAGAGUUCAUUGCAAAACACAGAGCAGCAAUCAAAAGCCUGAUACCUGAGAACAAUCAACCGUACUUGGAAUAUCAUUGAGAAUGUGCUGAAACCUACGUCAGAGAUUGAUGCAUACAUAAACUUGUUGCUGGUCAUAGUGCUGACAUACAUAGAGAUCGCAUAUUUGCAUAUCUAUACAUAUUACUGUAUGACAUAUUUAAAAGAAAGAAGUAAUAUCUUGUGGAAGUUGAAAUGCCAA